AUGCGCUCUCUCCUUCCUUCCGGUCACAUAACAUUCCCCGGUGAGCUUCACUGUGGAGCCAACAUGAACACAUACGCAGAAUACCCCCCCAGCCCCCCGGCCCAGGAGCCCGUGGAGCCCCCCCGGCCCCACGAAGCCCCCCUCCAGGAAGACGUCGACAUGAGCAGCGGCUCCAGCGGAAAUGAAACCAACGAAAACUGCCCCUCGGGGCGGGGCUCGCGGGGCAGCAAGGAGCUGGGGGCGCUGGUCCGGCCGCCUGUCGCCCCCCCGGGUCCAGAUGCCUUUGGCCUCCUGAUGUCGAAGUCUGAACACAGCACGACGACAAGCGGCUGCAGCAGCGAGCAGUCUGCCAAAGCAGACACGCACAAGGAGCUGAUAAAAACCCUGAGGGAGCUGAGGGUCCACCUCCCUGGAGACAAGAAGGCCAGAGGGAAAGCCAGCACGCUGGCGACCUUGAAGUAUGCGCUGAGGAGCGUGAAGCAGGUGAAAGCCAGUGAGGAAUACUACCAGCUGCUCUUGUCCGGCGAGAGCCAGGCCUGCGGCGCCAGCCUGCCCUGCUACACCGCGGAGGACAUCGAGGGCGCCACUUCCGAGUUCAUCGUGAAGAACGCGGGCAUGUUUGCUGCAGCGGUGUCCCUGGUCACCGGGAAAAUCCUGUACGUCUCCGACCAAGUUGCCUCCAUCUUUCACUGUAAAAGGGACGUCUUCCCCGGCGCCAGGUUCGUGGAGUUCCUGGCGCCCCACGACGUCAGCGUGUUCCACGCGUCCACCACGCCUUACAAGCUCCCGCUCUGGGGCGUCUGCAGCGGAGCAGAUGCGUUUACUCAAGACUGCAUGGAGGAGAAGUCUUUCUUCUGCCGAGUCAGUGUCGGGAAGAGCCACGAGAACGAGAUCCAUUACCACCCGUUUCGCAUGACGCCUUACCUGGUCAAGGUGCGGGACCCGCAGGGCGCCGAUGGCCAGCUGUGCUGCGUGCUGCUGGCGGAGAGAGUGCACUCGGGCUACGAAGCCCCUCGAAUUCCUCCUGAAAAGAGAAUUUUUACGACCACGCAUACACCAAAUUGCUUGUUCCAGGAUGUGGACGAAAGGGCGGUCCCCCUCCUGGGCUACCUACCUCAGGACCUGAUUGAGACCCCCUUACUUGUGCGACUUCACCCCAGCGACCGGCCUUUGAUGCUUACCAUCCACAAAAAGAUCGUGCAGUCCGGCGGACAGCCCUUCGACUCUUCUCCCAUCCGGUUCCGUGCCCGGAACGGCGAAUACGUCACCCUGGACACCAGCUGGUCCAGCUUCAUCAACCCGUGGAGCAGAAAAAUCUCUUUCAUCAUCGGGAGACACAGAGUCAGGGUGGGCCCUUUGAACGAAGACGUGUUCUCGGCUCCGUCGUGUGUGGAGGAGAAGGGCCUCCACCCCAGCGAUCAGGAGCUCACGGAGCAGAUACACCGGCUGCUGCUACAGCCCGUCCCCCACAGCGGCUCCAGCGGCUACGGGAGCCUGGGUAGCAACGGGUCCCACGAGCCCCUCAUGAGCCAGACGUCCUCCAGCGACAGCAACGGCCACAAGCACUCCCGCCGGAGGCGGACCGAAAUUUGUAAAAAUGCUAACGGCAGGGUCAAAAGCAAAAGUCCUUAUCCUGGUGACUCUGGAGAACACAAGGAAAAGCCUGCUACAGAGACACAGAGUAGUUCCUGUGCUCAGAUGAAAGCUGUCCCCGUGGAAAAGGACAGCUCGGGCACCAGCCUGCCCCCGGGCGGCUUUCCUGAGGAGCUGGGUGGCAAGAGCCCGCCCGCUGGCUCCUACCAGCAGAUGAGCUGCCUGGACGGCGUCAUCAGGUACCUGGAGAGCUGCAGUGAGGCUGCUACCCUCAAGAGGAAGUGUGAGUUCCCCGCGAACGUGGCGACGCAGAAGGCCGGCGAUAAGCGGAAGGCGGUGGCCGGUCUUGGGCCGCAUGGCACAGAGACGGCCUCACCCUCCAAGGUGAAUAGCCACGCGGAGGUCAGCGCGCACUUAACCUCGCUGACGCUGCCCGGCAAGGCGGAGAGCGUGGCGUCCCUCAGCAGCCAGUGCAGCUACAGCAGCACCAUCGUCCACGUGGGCGACAAGAAGCCACAGCCGGAGCUAGAGCUGGUGGAAGAUGCUGCGAGCGGGCCCGAGUCCCUGGAUGGCCGGCCCUGCGGCCUGGGCGCGGAGAAGGACCCCCUCCGGACGCUGGGCCUCACCAAGGAAGUGCUGGCCGCCCACACCCAGAAGGAGGAGCAGAGCUUCCUGCUCAAGUUUAAGGAGAUGCGGAAACUCCACGUCUUCCAGUCUCGCUGCCAUUAUUACUUACAAGAAAAAUCCAAGGGGCAGCUGAGCGAAAGAAGGCACAGUGCCAUUGAGAGCAGCGAUAGCGCCAGGCUGGCCCCCGUGGAAUGUGGGAUGGGGCCGUUGCAGCGAUGCCACAUCAGACGUUCUCACUGGGUGGCUACUCAGGGUGACUGCCAGGCCAUAGAGAAUCUCUGUGGAAAUGAGAAGAAGGUGUCACCUCCCACUCGCGAGGAGCCCACAGGCGCGCCAAACAGCGAUGCCCUCUCCACGUCCAGCGGCCUGCUUGACCUCUUGCUGCACGAAGACCUGUGCUCGGCCACCGGGUCGGCCCUGUCCGGGAGCGGGGCCUCCGAUUCCCUGGGUUCCAGUUCGCUGGGCUGCGAUACGUCUGGAAGCGGAGCAGGCAGUAGUGACACGAGCCAUACCAGCAAGUAUUUCGGGAGCGUGGAGUCUUCGGAGAAUAAUCACAAAGCAGAAGUGAAGGCGGACGUGGAAGAAAGCAAGCACUUCAUCAAGUACGUCCUCCAGGACCCCGUCUGGCUGCUGAUGGCCAACGCAGAUGACAGCAUCAUGAUGACGUACCAGAUGCCUUCCCGGAAUUUGGAGACCGUCUUGAAGGAGGAUAGGGAGAAGAUGCAGCCGCUGCUGAAGUCCCAGCCCAAGUUCACGGAGGGCCAGACGCGGGAGCUGCAGGACGCACACCCCUGGCUGCGGGAGGGCCGCCUGCCCCCCGCCGUGGACGUCACCGAGUGUGUUUACUGUGAGAACAAGGAAGAAGACAACAUCUGCGUGCCAUAUGAGGAGGAUGUUCCUACUCUGGGUCUCAGCGGAGACCCAGACACCAAGGAGGAGGGAAGUGGAGCCCCCUUGAGUCACAGAAGGGAAGAACAGACCUAA